UUAAUACCUAUUCCAGAGGCUCCCCUACCGGUUGAAAACUGUACUGUGUUUAACAGGACGGAAGAGAUGAUACUAGUAGAAUGUCUGGAAGGAUUUAACGGUGGACUGGAUCAAACAUUUAUCAUGGAAGUGUACACUGAAGAAACUAAGACUCUUUAUGCUAAGGUUUCUUCUCAAGUUCCGAUCUUUCUGGUGAAUGGAUUAACUCAAGGAACAGUUUUCUUGCUAUUGAUUUAUGCGGUGAAUCGUAAAGGUCGAAGUUCGGUGGUCCAACUUUCAACCAGCACUGUACGACAAGCAGAGAAGUUAACCAGAGAAAGAGCAGGAACGUUUGUUUUCAACCCAGUAUUAACAGUAUUUAUCACUAUGACGAUAGCCUUGAUCACAGUGAUUUUCAUCCUGGUUGUUGUAGUGAAGAUAAGGAAGAGAGCCAUGUUGAAAGCAUCUCAACAAAAGGAGGACAGGAAAGUCAAGUCUGAAACCCCAUUGCAGAAGCCCGUGGAAGAUGUGGAUGAUGGUCCAGAUAUUAUACCAGCCAAAAUCUUGAACAGGAAACUCUUAUUAUGUGGGAAGCCAUCUUACUGUUUUAUUUCACGAUCAAAAGACAUGAAUUAUUUCAAUAACAAAGUUGAGAAAGAAAAAAGGAUCAACAGAAUAUUAGAUAAAAAGAGCAUUGUUAUCGAUGUACCUUUAAUAGCCAAAGUUUUAUUUUGAAAUUUCGGUGAUAAGUACUGGAAAGAAAUCUAAUGUCAAUGCAUCUAUUGGGAUUAUGGCCGAAAUUGUCGAUAAUAGCGAGAGUUAUUAACUGGUGUGUCAGUAUAAGUUUUUGCUUUAGACAUUGAUUUAAUAUUAGUUUUAUUAGCAUUUACGAUUCAAAAUAUAAAUAAAAAAGCUAACCUUUGUGUCUGUUGGUUAACCCAUCAUGUACGAUUUUUUCACAGAAUCUGAAUUCGAGAUUAGUUAAGGAACAUAAAAUCGAAAUAAAAAUUUAAAAACUUAAAACUUUUGAAAUCCCUAAAGAAGAACGGUUGAGUUGUUCUAAACACGUAGAAUAUUAAAUGUUAAUUUUUAUUAUAUAUAUAUAUAUAUAUAUAUUCUGUGAGUUAUUCUAAUAGUGAAUUGAAAUUGAGCAAAAAAUUUAUACAUGUUGUAUAUUUUGUUCACGAUAUAAUUUUACAACAACCGUU